CGCGCCCACGUGACGCGGCGGCAACAUGGCGGCGCCCACGGGGCGGCGUGCGCCCGGCUGAGCGCGGCGCGGCCCUCGUCGUGUCGCGGCCGCUGUCGCCGCCCCUCUCUGUCGCCGCCCCUCUCUGUCGCCGACAUGUCGAGGCUCAUCGUGAAGAACCUCCCCAACGGGAUGAAGGAAGAUCGCUUCCGGAAGCUGUUUGCAGCCUUUGGCACGCUGACCGAUUGCUGCUUGAAGUUCACCAAGGACGGCAAAUUCCGGAAAUUCGGCUUCAUCGGCUACAAGUCCGAAGAAGAAGCUCAGGUGGCACUGAACCACUUCAACAGGAGCUUCAUAGACACCUCCAGAGUCACCGUUGAGUUAUGCAAGUCUUUUGGUGACCCUUCAAAACCCAAAGCGUGGAGUAAGCACUCUCAGAAGGCCCCUGCCUCGGAAAAGCAGCCCGAGAAACCUGUGACAAGUGCAGCUCCUGCAGGCACAAAGAAAAAAAAAAAGAAGAAAGACCCCGCAGAAGGCUUAAAGGAGCUGGAAGGAGAUGAAACAUUCCAGGAGUUCUUGGUGGUUCACCAGAGGCGGUCUCAGGUGGCCACCUGGGCUAAUGACACUUUGGCAGAAAAGCCCAAGAAGGAAAAGUCAAAGGCGGCGGCUGAUUAUCUGAACUUCGAUUCAGACGAGUCUGAGGAUCUGAGCGAGGAGGAGAGGGAUGGGAAUGAACCCUCUGAAGAUGAGGAGGAAACCAAAGCAAAGAAAGGCCAGGAGAAGAAGGCAGCUGCCAGGGAAGACCUCUCAGAUAUGGAUUACCUGAAAUCUAAAGUAGUGAAGGAUUCGUCCUCCUCUGGCACAGAAGAAGAAACAGACAGUGAAGAGACGGAAGGUGAGAGUGAGGAGGACUCAGACGCUAUAGAAACUGUCAGCACCCACACAGAAAAAAGGGGGAAGGCAAAAGCCCAGAAACCACAGCAAGAGUCACCGGCAGGGAAGAAGAAAAAAGGAUCCACGCUACAGCAGAAGAACCAGGUCAGCUCGGGAGAAGCAAGCACGCCAUACACAGUGAAACUGCAUGGUGCCCCUGUGAACAUCACUGAGCAAAAGAUUCGAGAAUUCUUCUUGCCUCUGAAGCCAGUGGCAAUCCGGAUAGGAAAAAAUGCCCAGGGGAAAAACACAGGUUAUGUCUUUGUUGACUUGAAGAGUGAAGCAGAAGUGCAAAGGGCCUUGAAACGGAAAAAAGAAUGCCUAGGUGGGCGAUACGUCGAGGUAUUCCGAUGUGGGAAUACCCCAAAAGAAACUGUUCCAGCAAAAACUGAUGACAAGCCGUGGCAACGAAGGAAGAGGGACGAUGAGGAAGAAGAGGACUUGUCUGAAUCGGGAAGGCUCUUUGUCAGGAAUCUGCCAUUUACCAGCACCGAGGAGGACUUAGAGAAGGUCUUCUCCAAGUAUGGGCCCCUCUCGGAUAUCCAUUUCCCUAUAGACAGACUGACCAAGAAGCCCAAAGGAUUUGCUUUCAUCACCUACAUGAUGCCCGAGCACGCGGUGAAGGCCUAUGCGGAAAUGGACGGGCAGGUGUUCCAGGGUAGAAUGAUGCACCUUUUACCCUCCACAAUCAAAAAGGAACAAAUUGAAGAUGUGGAUGCAGACGAAUCUUCUUCCUACAAAAAGCAGAAAGAGGCCAAGGAAAAAGCCAACAGUGCCAGCUCUCACAACUGGAACACUUUGUUUGUGGGGACAAAUGCUGUGGCUGAUGCCAUUGCUCAGAAGUACAACGCUUCGAAAAGCCAAGUGCUGGAUCACGAGAGCAAAGACAGCGUGGCAGUGAGGGUCGCUCUGGGAGAAACCGAGCUGGUCCAGGAAAUUCGCCGGUUCCUAAUCAAAAACGGAGUCAGCCUGGAUUCCUUCAGUCAGGCCUCUGGCAAGCGGAGUAAAACCGUGAUCCUGGUCAAGAACCUCCCCGCCAGCACGAGCGUGUCAGAGCUGGAGGUCCUUUUUGGCAAGCACGGCAGCCUGGGCCGGGUGCUGCUCCCGGCAGGAGGCAUCACAGCCAUCGUGGAGUUCCUGGAGCCAACUGAGGCCAAGCAAGCGUUCAGCAGGCUGGCUUACUCCAAGUUUCACUCCACACCACUGUAUCUGGAGUGGGCUCCGAUGGGUGUCUUCUCCAGCCCAGCCCCCCGGAAAAAAACCACAGAGGCUCCAGAAAAGGAGGGAGAAGCAAGCCUGGUACCCGGUGACGAUGACACGGCCACAGCUGCCGAGGGCUCAGAGGAAACAGCAGCACAGGAGCAGGAGGAAGAGGAUGAAGAGGAGGAUGAGGAAGAAGAAGAGAGCGUGCCAGGGUGUACCUUGUUCAUCAAAAACCUCAACUUCGCCACCACAGAAGACACCCUGAACGAGACGUUCUCCAAAGUGGGAGCUGUGAAGAGCUGCACGAUAUCCAAGAAGAAAGACAGAGCAGGCACUUUGCUUUCCAUGGGCUUUGGAUUCGUGGAGUACAAGAAGCCAGAGAGUGCUCAGAAAGCCCUGCGCCGGCUCCAGGGCUGCAUUGUAGAUGGACAUAAGCUGGAAGUGAAAAUCUCAGAGAGAGCUAUCAGGCCUGCCGUGAAAUCCUCCCGAAAGAAGCAGACGGUCAAGAAGCAGAAGACUUCCAAGAUCUUAGUCCGAAACAUCCCGUUCCAGGCCACCGUCAGGGAAAUCAGGGAGCUCUUCAGCACCUUCGGAGAGCUGAAGACCGUCCGGCUGCCCAAGAAGAUGGCAGGGACAGGCUCCCACCGCGGCUUCGGCUUUGUGGAUUUCCUCACCAAGCAGGACGCCAAGAAAGCCUUCGACGCCCUGUGCCACAGCACGCAUCUGUACGGCCGGAGGCUGGUCUUGGAGUGGGCAGACACGGAGGAGAGCACGGUGGAGGCCCUGAGACGGAAAACAGCAGACCAUUUCCACGGUUCCCCGAAGAAGAGGAAACGCUCGGAGGUUUUGGGUGAAAUCCUGGAGCAGCUGGAAGAGGAGGAGAGCAACAGAGAUGAGGCCAUCUAGCCGGUCGUCGGCAGCUGCCUGCCGUCCGCCCAGGGCACUCGCUGAUGGAUGGAGAGGGAGAAAACCGCUGGGUUUUCGGCGGCGAGCACACCUGUUGCCGCUGAGUCUGCUCGUCCCGCGAAGCAGAGGGCUGAUGUACACGUCUCAGCUCUCAGCCUUUUAAACAGACCCUGAAUUCGGAGCAGGAGGAAGAGCUUGUGCCCCAGGACCUCGUCUGAAACCAGCAGCAGGUACGGGGCAGCAGCACGACCCUCCCAAAGCAGCACAUUUUUUUGGCACAGCGCCCUGGGGACACGGACGCUUGGCGCAAGGCCCCCCGCCGACCCUAAAGACUGCGGCAGAAUUUGCUCUCAAUCUCCGAAUCAAAUCGUGAAUUGUACAUUAAAAGCCACGCGUAUGUUUUUAAAGAGUUUUCCAAAACUGA